AUGGACGACGUCGACGACGGCGACGUUGGCAUGCCCGCGGGUGCGAUCGUUCGUUUCGACGAACUCGUGGACAUCGCGAGCGGGGCAGACGGGCGCGAGGUCUCCGUGCGAGCGCUCUGUACAGUCACGAGCUUGGACGUUGCGAACGCACGCGUCACGGCGACGACGACGCGUUCGAGGAGGGACGCGAAGACGUCCACGAGCGAGAGCGAGCGAGAGAUAGAGAUAGAUUUCAGCGCCGUACGCGCGGAUGAACACGGGGCGUUCGAGGACGGACAGAUUUAUCGACGCGGAGCGCGCGUGUGCGUCAUCGGCGAAGCGCGCGCGCGAGCGGACGACGGGAAGAUUGAGUUGCGCGCGCGCGUCGCGCGAGCGGUCGAUGGCUUAGACUUGGAUGCGUACGAGAAAUUGUUGGAGAUGCGUCGGAAAUUUUUAGCCGGCUUGGAGACCGCGACGUUGGGGCCCUAG